UCUGUACUGAACAUGUAGGAGCGUUCUCGUUAUUAUUCCCAAACAGUACAGCAUACCAACUGUUUACAUAUUAUUUACACUUAAGUAUAUGUUGUCUAGAGAUGAUUGAAGGUAUUUGGUACACCAUUUUAUAUAGGGGCCUUGAGGAGUCCUGGAUUCUGGGAUCUGGGAGAUUAUCUGAGGGCAACCUCCUUUGAAAUAUAGCACUAAUGACUUGUAGUGAAGCUGGGGGCACCUUGACAUGCGAUCCAUUAGUAAUCACUAUGAUGUUCCAUAUGAUAAGGAUGAGUGUUAUCUAUUCAUUAAGUGGUCACUGAGGUUGAAUGACUAACCUCUUUGUUAGGUCACAGUCUCUGAAGGGAGUCUGAACUGACUUAGGGUAGGAUAUGUCAGUUCUGUUUCUCUCAGCCCAGAUCACUGCAUCCCACUACUCUUCCUUUGGUCUUCUGAAAAGAGCAAUGCUGUUGUUUCUUGUUGAGAUUGGAGGAAAGACGGCCUUCUCAGAGAGCCUGACUGGAGACAGGUGUUAGGCUUGAAGCCUUCGUGACCAUCCAGGAAGUUGGACAAUGGCAGCCGAAGUGCCAGCAGUGAGCACUCCCCUCAGCCCUUUGGUUCAGGUACCUCAAGAAGAAGAUGAACAGGCAGAGGUCACCACUAUGAUCCUGGAGGAUGACGCGUGGGUGCAGGAAGCAGUGCUGCAGGAGGAUGGCCCUGAGUCUGAGCCCUUUCCCCAGAGUGCUGGAAAAGGCAGCCCCCAGGAGGAGGACGCAGCCGAGGGACCCCAGGGUGCUCUUGUCCGAUUUCGGGAGCUCUGUCGGCGCUGGCUGAGGCCAGAGGUGCACACUAAGGAGCAGAUGCUAACUGUGCUGCCAAGAGAAAUUCAGGCCUGGCUGCAAGAACAUCGGCCUGAGAGCAGUGAGGAGGCAGUGGCCCUGGUGGAAGACCUGACCCAGACUUUUCGGCACAGUGAUUUUGAGAUACAGAGCGAGAAUGGGGAGAACUCAAAUGAAGACAUGUUUGAGGGUGUGGAGUCACAUGGGAUGUUCUUGAACAUCUCUGGAGGGGAAGGUGGUCAGCAGUCUGAUGGGGACAGUGACUUUGAGAGAGACUGUGGCUCUGGAGGCGCCCAGGGACAUGCCCCGGGUGAGGACCCCAGGGUCGUGCCAUCGGAAGGAAGGGAAGUUGGCCAGCUAAUAGGCCUUCAGGGCACCUACCUGGGUGAGAAGCCGUAUGAAUGUCCCCAGUGUGGGAAAACUUUUAGCCGGAAAUCCCACCUUAUCACCCAUGAGCGGACCCACACAGGAGAAAAAUACUACAAAUGUGAUGAAUGUGGGAAGAGCUUUAGUGACGGCUCGAACUUUAGUAGACACCAAACGACUCACACUGGAGAGAAGCCCUACAAAUGCAGGGACUGCGGGAAGAGCUUUAGCCGGAGUGCGAACCUUAUCACGCACCAGAGGAUCCACACCGGCGAGAAGCCUUUCCAGUGUGCCGAGUGUGGCAAGAGUUUCAGCAGGAGCCCCAACCUCAUCGCCCAUCAGCGCACGCACACAGGGGAAAAGCCGUACUCGUGCCCCGAGUGUGGCAAGAGCUUUGGCAACCGGUCCAGCCUUAAUACUCACCAGGGCAUUCACACCGGAGAAAAACCCUACGCGUGCAAGGAAUGCGGCGAAAGCUUCAGUUACAACUCCAACCUGAUCCGACACCAGAGAAUCCACACGGGAGAGAAACCAUACAAAUGCACCGAGUGCGGCCAGAAGUUCAGCCAGAGCUCCGCGCUCAUUACGCACCGGAGAACGCACACCGGGGAGAAGCCCUAUCAGUGCGGCGAGUGCGGCAAGAACUUCAGCCGCAGCUCCAACCUGGCCACUCACCGGCGCACCCACCUGGUGGAGAAGCCGUACAAGUGCGGGCUGUGCGGCAAGAGCUUCAGCCAGAGCUCCAGCCUGAUCGCGCACCAGGGCACGCACACCGGCGAGAAGCCCUACGAGUGCCUCACGUGCGGCGAGAGCUUCAGCUGGAGCUCCAACCUCAUCAAGCACCAGCGGACGCACACCGGCGAGAAGCCCUACAGAUGCGGCGACUGUGGGAAGGGCUUCAGCCAGCGCUCGCAGCUCGUGGUGCACCAGCGGACGCACACCGGCGAGAAGCCCUACAAGUGCCUCAUGUGUGGCAAGAGCUUCAGCCGGGGCUCCAUUCUGGUGAUGCACCAGCGAGCGCACUUGGGAGACAAGCCUUACAGGUGCCCGGAGUGCGGGAAGGGCUUCAGCUGGAACUCCGUUCUCAUCAUCCACCAGCGCAUCCACACGGGAGAGAAGCCCUACAGAUGCCCGGAGUGCGGCAAAGGCUUCAGCAACAGCUCCAACUUCAUCACACACCAGAGGACGCACCUGAAAGAGAAGCUUUACUGAAGUGGCAGAAAAGAGAAGGAAGUGCUGAGCUGACUCUGCAGGGAGAACUCCCACAGUGUCCCUCCCCACAACCCUCCCCCCACAACCCCCCUCCCCCCCGCCCGUGUUGUCCCUUUAAAAGAACCACUUUUCCUAAAUACUCUUUGUGAGUUUUUGCCAGAGCCAUACCCUGUUUGUCGUCAUUUCUAGGGCUCCGUUAUCUUGUACAGUUCAAGAACGAAGUGUAGGAGUGCAAGGUUGGAAGUCGGGGCUUGUCUAUUACAUUUUCUAUAUACGAUUUGAUUGCCCCACUCCCUUUAAAUUCCUCUGUGCUCCUGUCCUCUUGAAAUGGGGAAAUACUUCUCCAUGUGUGAUGACAGACAGUUUGGGCUGCAGCCUAGGUUGAACCCUCCAAGAAAUACUGAACAUUAUUUGUGUGGCCCUGACUGUUUUGCUGCCAUGCUGUCCCCAGCUGCUAGCAUCCCAGGCUUCUCUCCCCGUGCCAGACUCCAUCUUGCUAGCUUUUGUAUCAGGUCAGGAUGAUAGAUCUCCAGUCGGAGUCAUCUGUAGGAAGUCGGAGCCCUUCAGAACACAGUCUGAGGAAGUAUGGCCUGAGACUGAUGUCCCGCUGUCUCUUCCAUUGGUUAGAGGGACAGUGACUGCCAGGAAGAGUGUCAGCUUAGAUGUGUGUGCCUGUGUGUGGAGCACACUUGGACACACACAGUUUUAUGUUUGGAACUCGAGGCCUCUGACCUCCAGCAGUCCCAUCAGAGUGAAACCGUCGUGCGUGCUGUGCACUGUGUACACAAUCACUCUUGUACUUGUUUGUUCCCUGCAUAAGUACCUGCAAACACCCAACACACACACACAGAGUGUAUGUAUCACAUAGAACGCAGGCUGGCCUUGAACUUAUGAUGUAGCUGAGGAUGACCUUGAACUUCUGAUCCUCCUGCCUCCACCUUCUGAGUGCUGAGAUUACCAGGAAGUGCCAACGUGGCGGGUUUAUGUUGGGCUUCAAAUCAAACCUUUGUGCAUGCCAGGGCAUCACACUACUGAGCCAUAUCCUCAGUCCCAUACAUCUUUCAGUGUGUGUGUGUGUGUGUUGGUGUAUGUGUGUGGUGUGUUGGUGUGUGUGUGUGUUGGUGUGUGUGUUGGGGUGUGUGCAGGUACUUAUGGAGCCAGUGAUUAACCUCCAGUGUCAUUCCUAAGGCACUGUUCACCUGGGAGUUUUUUUGAGACAGAGUCUCUCAUUGAACCUGGGACUGUGCUCAGGCUCGGCUCCUGGCUAGACAGCCCCAGGAACUGCCUCUCCUGUGCGAGGGUUCCAAGCAUGUACCUCCACACAUGCCAUUGAGCAUAGGUGCUGGACUGAUCUGAGAGCCUCAAACAUUUGCAGUGUGUACUUGACCGAUUGAGCUAUCUCAUAUAUUUUUAACUUUAUGUGUGUGGAUCUAGCUUACUGCCCUGCAGUUUUGUAUACCAAGGGUGCUCUUUUUAAGGACGUGUCAAUUUUGAGGGUAUUAGAAAUCUCAUUGUGGGGCUGAUGAAAUGGCUCAGCGGUUAAGAGCACUUACUGCUCUUCCAGAGCAUCACGUUUCAGUUCCAGCACCUGCAUGACAGCUCCCAGCCAUGUGAACCUUCAAUUCUAGGAAUCUGAUGACCUUCUGGCUCUCAUUGGUACUCUCUGCACACGGUGCAGAUACAUAUAUGGCAGCCAAAACACACACACACACACACACACAAAUCCUUCAAAAUAGGAAGGAAGGAAGGAAGGAAGGAAGGAAGGAAGGAAGGAAGGAAUUCCCUAGUGAGGUUUAGUCUUGAAUCAGGAGUUUGCUCUGCAGAACCAGAUGUAAUCUUAGUUACUACCAACCAGGGCUUUAUCCUUAGGAUCCCAAGGCGUGAAAGGUAAAGAGAGGAAAGCUGACUGGAGAAGUGGUGUUACUGUUAUAAGGAGAGGGGAGUAGACGCAGAAUCUGAGAAGUGUGAAGCUAUCACCUGAUAUUUAGGAGGUUUAUGCUUGGAGGGGGCUUUUCUUUUCUUUUCUUUUCUUUUCUUUUCUUUUUUUCUUUGUUUUUUUGUUUUUCGAGACAGGGUUUCUCUGUGUGGCCCUGACUGUCCUGGAACUCACUUUGUAGACUAGGCUGGACUCGAACUCAGAAAUCUGCCUGCCUCUGCCUCCCAAGUGCUGGGAUUAAAGGCGUGAGUCACCACGCCUGGCUGGAGGGGGCUUUUUAAAAAGGGCGUUGACUAUUGCCAAGUGGAGCCCCAUUCUUUUCCUGACUGUGCCUUUAAAAAAAAAUCGGGUUGAGCUAUCUAGUUCCGACUAGCCUAUUUCUUUUUUUUUUUUUUUAAAGGAUUUAUUUAUUUACUUUACAUGUAUACUUUAUAUGAGUGCACUGUCACUAUCUUCAGACACACCAGAAGAGGGCAUCCGAUCUCAUUACAGAUGGUUGUGAGCCACCAUGUGGUUGCUGGGAUUUGAACUCAGGACCUCCAGAAAAGCAGUCAGUGCUCUUAACCACUGAGCCAUCUCUCUAGCUCCCAGACUAGCCUAUUUCUAAACCUCCUAUCUCAGCCUCUUGAGUGCUGGGAUUACAUACAUGCUUGGGUUUCCAUGGCCAGCUCCUGAGUCUUAUCCUCUAAUGUGUAUUAAAAACUUGAACUUGGCCAGGUAUAGUGGUGUGUGCCUUUAGUGUCAGCACUCAGGAGCCUGGAGCAGGCAGAGCUCCAUGAGUUCAAUACCAUAGAGAACUCACAUAGUGAGUUCUAGGAUAGCCAGGGUUACAUAGUGAGACCCAGGGGAAAAAUAUAACCUAACCACGACUAUUAGCAAACCUUUCCCUCACUUCCAUAUCCUAUCCACCUCCCACUGCAGGCCGGAAAUAACCUAAGACUUUCAGGAAGGAAAAAUUAGUUGUUUCAAAGACCUGGGCUGUGGUGGCACACACCUAAUCCUAGCACUUGGGAGGCAGAGGCAGGUGGAUUUCUGAGUUUGAGCCCAGACUGGUCUACAAAGUGAGCUCCAGGACAGCCAGGGCUAAAUAGGAAAACCUUAUCUAGAAAAAACAAAGCAGAAAGAAAUGGAGGACAGAUAGACGGACUGACAUAUUAUUGGGUUAGAUUCUUAUCACUGCUGUUUGUGAACCAUCCAUCAUGCUUGUCACCCAAGCCAGGUGUGGUGCCUCAUGCUUGUCAACCCAACACUUGGGAAGCAGAGGUAGGAAGAUCACAAGUUUGAGGCCAGUGUGACCUGUAAGUCCAGGCCAGCUUUCGGCACCUGUCUUGGCAUGGCACAUCUGGCUAAGAAAUGAGAGAACACUGCGAAUCAUCUCUAGUCAGACUCAGUUAAUGUAGACAGCAGGGAAGUUCUUGGCAGUGAUGGUGGACUGUGGAGCCAGCUAGGUGGUUAGGCUGGUCAUUGAUUCUAUCCCUUGGCUUAUUUAAUAAAGGAUGCAGUGUCAUUGCUGUGCUCAAUGUUAGGAAACUAUAAAGUCCUAUUAGGUGCCAGAUAACAGAGACUUGGGUGCACCCCGGAAGGUGCAGGAGCUCCUGUCAGAAAGGCAGCAUAGCUAGAAUAGUUUCUCAGCUGACAUUAAGUCUCCCGUGUAGCCCACACUGGUCUUAAGCAAAGGGACAGAACGUACCGUGCCAAGCCUUCUGCCUCUGCUUCCCAGGUACUGGCACUGCAGUUUUAUAUGCCACCAUGCCAUCUCCUUUCACACGUUAAUCCACUCUAUAACUUUAGCCUGAGACAGUCCCCUUGCUUUAAAGAUCUUACUGAGAUAUGACAGAUAAAUACAUAAAAGUGUGCAGCUUGCCUUAGUUUCACAAGCUGCACACACUUAAACAAGCAGCACCCAGAUCCAGAAACAACUGAGCAUCGAUAACCAGAUGUGCCACCUUGUACCUGCCUUAAGUUUAUGGUGUGGUAGAGCCUGGGGGGGCUUCUCAGACCUGGUUCUAAACAGACUUGUGUUGCACAGAUCUGCUUUUACUAUACAGUUGAGUCAAGUCAUAGUGAGGCGGCCUCUCCAUGGAAUUCUAUGGAAUUCUACAUUUAUGGUUCCCAAUGCCAUAGUAGCUUCUAGUGUGAGCGAAAGGUACAAAGCUAUGCUCUUACUGUCCUCUCUCUCAGUGACAACUCCGAGGUAAGUAAGCAGCCUCACUCUAGGGACAGACUGGAGACCUGGGGUGUGUGGCAGGUCCAUCAUUAGCACCUGCUCAUCCUGUGGGCACUUAGCUACAUUGUACUAGUUUCUUUUAAAUUUUUAUUUUUGCUUUUUUUUAUAUGAGGCAAAGUCUAGGAGUAUAGCCCAGGCUGGCCUCAGAUUUGUAGAUCUCCUGUCUCAGCCUCUUACACUGGGCAUUCCAAUUUGUUAUUAAAGCUGUAAGAAAGGACAUGGUGGCCAGGCUGUGGUAGUGCAUGCCUUUAAUGCCAGCAUGUGGAAGGUAGAGGUCAGUGGAUCUCUGUGAGCUCAGGCAGACAACCUCAGCUCAGUCCCUUGGUCCCAUAUAGUGAGAGAAGAAAGCCAGCUCCCAGAUGUCGUCCUCUGACCUCCGCGUGUGCACCACUGUACACAUUCUCUACCCACCAUGUAAAAUGUUUAAGUUUCAAAAGCCAAAGCAAAGCACAAGACACUAAGAAGAACAGGGAUGAAAGGAAUGGAUAGUAAAAAGUGGUACAUUAGCUAGAUUUAAAUCUUUUUCUAGCUAGCAGGAUUGGCAAUAACUGAUUAGUCCUUGCAAGUUAACAACCAUCAUUUUUCCUGGCCCUUUACCCCUGACUGGGGCUGGGAGGGGCUGGAGGGGGUAGAGAGGGUGGGGAGGGGUAAUCGCUACCCUCUAACCAGCUCCAUAGCGCAGCUGCCUUGUUCAACCCACUCUCUCACGUGGUUGGGGAGAUCUUUACAUGGAUGUCCCUUAAGUAGACCUUUUCAGAUCUUUGGGUAAAAUAUACAUCUUUCUCUCUUUCUUUCUUUCUUUCUUUCUUUCUUUCUUUCUUUCUUUCUUUCUUUCUUCCUGUCUGUCUUUCUUAUUUAUUUAUUUAUUUAAUUUUAUUUAUUUAUUUAUUUAUUUAUUUAUUUAUUUAUUUAUUUAUUGUAUAUGAAUACACUGUAGCUGUCUUCAUGCGUGCCAGAAGAGGGCAUUGGACCCCAUUACAGAUGGUUGUGAGCCACCAUGUGGCUGCUGGGAAUUGAACUCAGGACCUCUAGAAGAGCAGCCUGUGCGCUUAACUGCUGAGCCAACUCUCCAGUCCAAAAUAUGCAUCUUUCACUUUUGCACUUCUGAUAAAAUUACCCCAAAGCCAUGGAAGAAAUGAGUGUAUGAUUUUGUGAAUGAAGGAGAGGAGUUGAGACAGAGAUGAAUUCCCUUUGGUUUUCCACAUUCCCUACCCGAGCCCCUUGUAGCCUAGGUCUGGAGUCCUUUGGUAACCUGAACAAAGGCUGUCACCCUGGGGCCUGCUUGUCCUUGGGUUUCUCUCUACUGCUCACACCUUGAAGUCUCAACUCUGAGUUGAACAUCUGCUUGAAGCUGCUGUGGGAGAAAGGCUACUGAGGGAAAGGGCUCACUGCAGGGGACAGUUUGCCCAGUCAUUCCUCCACAGCUUGCUGUGAACCCUGUCAAAGGAGAAGCGCUCUGUCAACUGCCCAAAUGCCCUUCUGGGCUAGGCCUUAGUCCCUAAGGCAACUGUGAAACUCCUGGGCUGGUUUGGAAGCUAAUUGCUGUGUGUUGGCCUGGGUUUCCACUUAAGCCGUCUCAUAACUCCUGAAGAUCAGAAGAACUUUUCAAAGCCCAGUCUCAUCGCUGGUCCCUCCUGUCAUCUUGUCCUGUCCUCACCUCUCCAUGGGUUGCUCUUCCUGUAAGCAGUCACAGUUUAACUAUCUUGAGUUCUGGAAUUUUCACCUGGUAAGUAGCGACCAGGGGCCAGGAAUAGAGCCCAGUAACAGAUCAUGUGGUUAAUGUGUGGAGCCCUGGGUUUGGUUCUUAAUGCCCAAAAUCAAAACACAUACAAUAGUUUUUAUUUUUAGGGCAAGGUCUUACUGUGUAGCCAGGCUGACCAGAACUGCACAUUCUCCUGCCUCUUUCUGAGUGCUGGAAUAAGGUACCUACCUUAAAAACUCAGAUAAAUGGUGGGCGUGGUGGCGCACGUCUUUAAUCCCAGCACUUGGGAGGCAGAGGCAGGCGGAUUUCUGAGUUCAAGGCCAGCCUGGUCUACAAAGUGAGUUCCAGGACUGUACAGAGGAAACCCUGUCUCAAAAAAACAAGAAAACAAAACAAAACAAAACAAAAAACAAAAAACAAAACAAAAACCAACCAACCAAACAAACAAACAAACAAAACAAAACAAAACUAAGUGCUAAGUGCCUUCCUGCCCCCUUUCCUUGAAGCCACACCUUAUCCCAUCAGGGCUCUCCCAUCUCUCUGCAGGAUUCCAACACAUUGACUUUGAACACACACUUAUUUGGCACUUAUUUGUGUGUGAUGACACUGCUGUGCAGGAAACUGGGUUGUUGAGAGCAGCGUUUUGGAAAGGUUCUCUCUCUGCCCGGCUGUACUCAAGCUGGAGUGUGCUUUUCCUUUCCAGCCCUUGCCCCAUGUAGAUGCCCCACAGUUGGUUGCUGAUGAGUUGGUGUCAAGGGUUCUCUUAGAACCAGGCGUGCAGAAAAUAGGGAAGUGGGCUGUGUGUUGCAGCUUUGCAUGACGGGUACCAGGCAUGUUACAUUAAGUGGUAGAAAAUGUCAACUGGACGUUGAACUCCAUCCUGGUUAUUCUCUAGGUAAGGAUAAACACCUCAGCCCACUGCCACGAAUGACACUCUGAACCGGCCCCUGGUGCUCAGCGCCCCUGGUGGCGAGGUCCCCUACAGCUCUUAGGACCAGCCCCCCUUCCCCUGCACCUUCCUGUUGCAAAGCUGCACGAAGGUGCCGCCCCUCAACAAUGAGUCUCAUGAAACAAAAUAGGUGCCCUUAUAUUUUAUUGGUUAACGCUGCUGUCAGUCUGGUUGUAGGGGCCUUUGGGAAAUGUAGUAUUUGCUGAGUCCUGGCGCUUACCUCUCCGCCUCCUGGAUUCUUUGGCUUUGGGCUGUCCAAUUGAUCCUGGCUCAGGGUUGAGUGUCACCUGAGGAUGUAGAGUGCUGGAGGGGAAAGAGGCUCCGGAUUGUCCCCGCCCCGCCGGGUGGACGUGGCCAAACCUAGAGCCAGGGUCAGGAACUGAACUUUGGUCCUCUGCAAGAGCAGCAACUGCCAUUAACCACUCUGAGCCAUCUCUUUAGCCCUACAUUCUCCCAUCUUAUUCAUUUUCUUGACUAAGUUCUGGGUAAAAUAGGCUUCCAAAAAGAAUGGGGGGGGGGGAGGGGGCAGUGGGCAGAGAAAUCGCUCAGUGUUGGUAACACUGGCUGCUCCCCUAGACCUGGGUUCAGUUCUCAGUACCAAUAUGGUUGCUUCAAAACAGAUUAUCUGUGACUCCAGUUCCAGGUGACUCAUGGCACUAGGCAUACACACACACACACACACACACACACACACACACACACACACACGUAUUCACAUGCAGACAAAAUGUCCAUACAAAAUAAUAGUAUCAAAAAAGCUCUUGUUCUCUUACUCUCUUGCUCCCUUGCUCUUCUCCCCCCCCACCUCCAAUGUGGCCGUGGCCCACCUCUACUUCCCUACUCUUCUCCCUCCCUCUGCCUUUCUACAAUAAACACCUUAAAGACAUGAAAAAAAAAAAAGAAAGAGAAAAGAAAAAUGAGAAAAGAAAAAGAAAAGAAAAGGAAAAAAGAAUGUUUUUGUUGUUGUUGUUUGUUUUGUUUUGGACGUUCUUACCCUGGUGGAAGGCAUAGGAGAGGGAUUACAGAGAAGGGAGGAGAAAUUUAAGCCCUGUGCCUAUCAAGAUUGAGACCAUUGCUGCUUGGCUCUAAUUCUUCCUUGCUAAAAUUGAAUUCUUUGUGCAUGCUGUAUUGCCAUGACCAGUUUGAAGUCGUCUCUUGGGGGAGCUUAAGAACAGUGACCUGCUGUGGUGGGGACUGGAGGAACCUCAAACCCCUCCAAAUACUGCUGCCCUGUAAGAGCUCAGACUCAGACCAGACUUUAUUUUAAGACCCCAUAGUUAUUUGAACAGUGAGGGAGGAUUGGCUGGUUAUUGGCUCACAUGUAUGAGCUGCGUGAACCUACCCUCUGCCGCAUUGUGCCACAUGGGUAACUUGGGUUUUCUCAACCCUGAGUGAAUAGUGAAUUGCAAGGCAAACACAGCUUCAAGCUCCUUUUAGCAGCCUUCUGGAGCCGUUUCUCCAGAGAUUGCCACACUGCAUGGGCACCAGGCAGUUAGCAGGGCAGACAGCAGGGCCCUUGCCUCUGACCCUGUGAUCUAAUGGAAUUCACAGGGUUGCAGUAGCAAGAGGCAUCAGGAUCCUUCCAGGCCCACACACUCCAGCAGAUGCUGUGCUAAACCAAUGAUGCUAGUGGCUAAAACCAAAGAAUUCUAAAGAGACGAUACUACAGUUGCUUCCUUCAGAACAGUUCCAAAUGGUCCUUCCCCAGGAGGUCCAGAUCUGGCAGAUAGCAGCAUCAAGACAGGAUCCAGACAGGAGGCUGUGGCUCUGGCAUGAGACUUGCCAAAGCUUGAAGGGCAGAGCCUGCCUCUGAACUCACUCAUCUUUCUGGCUUCUUGAUGUGGAGGAGUGAAACACGCCCUGGGCCACCCGAGCUGUGCUGCACUUUGCUGCUCCUUUCAAAUGAAUUUGCUUAUCCUACAGUCUGGAUAGCGGAAGCUUGGUGUCCUCAAGCAGACUGACUGGAGAGUGUACAGCUUUAGAUGUUCUGAGGGCUGGUCUCUGCAGGGAGCCAAGACUAGACUAGCCGGGCAGUGGUGGUGCACGCCUUUAAUCCCAGCACUUGGGAGGCAGAGGCUGGCGGAUUUCUGAGUUCGAGGCCAGCCUGGUCUACAGAGUGAGUUCCAGGACAGCACACAGUGUUCACUGCUGAUCUAUCUCUCCAAUCCUUAAACAUUUCUAUGUUAAGAUUUAAAAAUUCAUUCCUUUCCUCAGUCCUACUUCAAAAGAAACAGAAAGUCAAAUACCAUUCAGCAGUGAAGAGGAUCUUUCCCUUCCCUUCCUACCCACGCUACUUUCUUUAAAAAAUAUUUUAAAAAUAUUUUUUAAAAAAGUGCACAUGUGUUUUGCUUACAGGCUGUGCAUGCCUUAGUGGACAAAGAUGCCUGAAGAGAGUGUCAGGAUCUUUGGAACUGGAGGUAUUAAGCAUGGUUGUGAACCACCAUGUGGGUGCUGGCAAUCGACCCCUCGUGCUCCUUAAGAGCAACAGUGCUGAACUAUCUCUCCAGCCCCUGUUUCUUGAGCAGAGGUCCUGAUUUAUGCUAAUCACAGGUCUACCACUCUCUCCUCUGCAGCAGGGAAGACCUGAGCACUGUGGCCCCUGAGUCCCACUGGAUGAAUUACCUUUUUUUUUUUUUUUCUUUUUAAAGAUUUAUUUACUAUGUAUAGAGCAUUCUGCCUGCAUGUAUGUCUGCAGGCCAGAAGAGGGCACCAGAUCUCAUUAUACGGAGCCACCAUGUGGUUGCUGGGAAUUGAACUCAGGACCUCUGGAAGAGCAGCCAGUGCUCUUAACCUCUGAGACAUCUCUCCAGACCAUAAUUUAUUAUUAUUAUUAUUAUUAUUUUCUGUGUGUAGCUCUGGCUGUCCUGAAACUCUCUCUAUACUUGGCUGGCCUCUGCCUCCCAAGUACUGGAAUUAAAGGUAAGGGCUACAUCACAUCUGUCAGGGAGAGUUACCAGCAGCUGGUUAAGGGCAGAGCCUGGUCUGGUAUCAGUUGAGAACAGCCAAGGCCUUUUUUGCCUUAUGGUUUCUAUCAUCAACUAAAAAAUGCCUACAGGCUUGCCCACAGGCCAGUCUGGUGGGGGCAUUUUCCUCAGUUGAAGUUCUCUCUUUCUAAACGACUGGCUUGUGUGUAACACUGGCAUAGAAAAAGCCGCACAGCCUUGAAUCGGGAGGAGUGCCAGGGCUGGGAGAAUCAGAAGGGAGAAGGAACACACAAGGGCUGCAGAAACCAAGGGGUUCUGGGACAUUUCAGUGAGCCUUAUAUCCAAGAAAAGCCCCACCUGCCAUCAGAACUGCAGAGGGAACUGGGCUAGAGCGGGCUUGCUACAAGUUUUAGCACCAUGGACCCGGGAACAGCAUCACUACUGAUUCAAAAGCCUGCAGCCCAACUGCUGCGAAGCCAGAAGCAAGCACCUUUGAGGCUAAGACCCUCCCGAUGAGUCUUCCUGGGUGCUUGCUGACAUCUUUGAUGCUUUAGAGGUGCUAGGAAGCCUUCUCUGCCACAGGGGACUCCUAGGGAGCAGCACCAAAGGGUGAAUGGUAUGGAAACAAAGGGUCAGAGGAGACUUCAGGGACCCAGAGGCUGGGUCCCAACCUUUGGGUAGCGGAGAAGAUCGGGGUAAGCUCUCCUCUCCAGAGUGCUUGGAACAGUAAGAGACACAGCCCCAAGGGCAGAAUUAGGGACCCUGAGUUGCUAGUCAGGGGGAUAGGUUCUGGGGAAAUAUUUACCUCCUAUCCUGAAAUACAGCGCAACCAAGCUCUCCACCAACUACAAGAGCAGGGUGGCUCACAAAGACUAUUUAUUCGAAGGGGUUUUCUUUACUCCAUAGCAAAGGUGUCUUCUUGUCUGUUUCUGUUUGUUUGUUUGUUUGUUUGAGACAGGGUUUCUCUGUGUAACUCUGGCUGUCCUGGAAUUCAUUCUGUAGACCAGGCUGGCCUCAAACUCAGAAAUCUGCCUGCCUCUGCCUCCCAAGUGUUGGGAUUAAAGGCGUGCACCAUCAUGCCUUCUUGUCUCUUUCUAAUAACAGCACGGACACAGAGCAGGAAGAGCCCUCGCAGAUGAAACUUGUCUGUUGAAAACACCAUUUUGUUGGGCUUUGUUGCUUGAGUAUUCCAGAAGUUCUUUGAGUUUAAGAAUUUAGGGCUGGGGAGAUGGCUCAGUGGGUAAAACACUGGGCCACGGAGCCAGGUGUACACAGUGAGAAAAGAACAGAGAACGCCUGUCUCAGGUAAGGCAGAAGGUGAGGACUGCUACCUCGGUGCCCUCUGACCUCCUUAUGUGCCCUAUGACAAGGCAAUUCACAUGUGACUGCACGUGCGCGCGCGCACACACACACACACACACACACACACACACACACACACACACUUUCUAAAGAGCUGGGGAGAUGGCUCAGAGGGAGGAGAGCUUCUGGCAAACAUGUGGCCCUGAGUUUGCCCCCCAGGCACAGUGUGUGCAUCUGUAAUCCUUGCACCUUUGGCUUGGUGGGAGCAGAUGGGAGAAUCCCAGAAGCUCAAGGGCCAGGCGGCCUGAGUAUACAGCAGUGAACCAGAAGAGAGCCUGCCUCAAACACAGUGGAAGACGGGGACCAGUACCCAAGGUGCCCUGUGCCCUCUGAUCUCCACAGGCAUGCUUCAGCCUGUGCACAUAUAAAACACACACACACAUCAUAUAAAUAAAUGAUAAAUAAUUGGGUUACAAAAUGUCUUCAUGCUACUUUGUAUUUUGAGACAGGAACUUUACUCUGUAGCCCUGACUGGCCCAGCACUCAGUGUGUAGACCACACAGAGGUGUCCACCUGCUGGGAUGGAGGGCUAGGCCACCAGGCCUGGCCUCUGAGAGCACUUUAGAAAGCUUCACACCUAACCUGCACACUCCUGGGACAUGGUGCUCUACACAUUGCUUAGCAGGGGCCGACAGCAGCACUGUCUAUAGAGCAUCUGGCUUCCUCGGAGACCUGGCUCUAUUCAGUUUUCUCUUUCCAGUCCAGUACUUUCAAUGGAUGGCUAUUUGCAGCCUUCGAGACUUCAGAACACCUGUCAUUGGAGAUCAUUUUUUAAAAAAGAUUUAUUUAUUUAUUGUAUGUAUAUAAGUACACUGUAGCUGUCUUCAGACACUCCAGAAGAGGGCGCCAGAUCUCAUUACGGAUGGUUGUGAGCCACUAUGUGGUUGCUGGGAUUUGAACUCAGGACCUUCGGAAGAGCAGUCAGUGCUCUUAACCGCUGAGCCAUCUCUCCAGCCCCGGAGAUCAUUUUUAAAAGGAAUAUUCCAGAAAUUAAGUUAGAAUUUUUGUUUCUUCCAAGGGCAGAAAACAAAAGUGGCAUAGAUUUAUUUUAGAAUGCCUUUUAAAGAUUUUUAAAAAAUUAUUUAUGUGUAUGUGUGCACACAGGUGCCUGCAGAGGGCAGAAGAGGGCGGUGGAUCCCUCUGGAGUGAGGUACAGACAGGUGUGGGUGCCGGGUCCUCUCCAAGAGCACCAGGAGCUCUUAGCCUCUGAGUCACCUUUCCAGCUCCAAGCCUAAGAUUCCUCAUCUAUUAGACAAUCAUUCCCAUCCCCCCUCUUGUAGCCCUGACCUCAGUGUCCUUGCUGAGUCCCUGGGACUUUGCCUGCUGUAGGUACAGUCCGGUCCAGGCAGGCACCCGCACAAUCUGUCCUCUGGGUUGGUUCGUUUCCUGCCAUCCAUUUUGUCCAAGGACAGCCAUGUGUCUGACCAGCUGUGUUCGGCUCUGUGUGUUAAGUGCAUCUGUGUCUGCGUGCUCACUCUUCCUGCUGCCUAGCACAAUCUAGGACCACCCUCCAUGCCCCUGCAUGCCUCACUGACAGACCCCAAGCCCGCUUUCUCAGUUGUAUUCCCAUUUACUCCUAGGGUAGGGGCUCUGUCCUUAACAAUGAUGUCCCUUCUGCCCGAACACAGGAUACAACUCAACUGUCACCUUCCCUGUGCGAGCCUACUCUCUCCAGGCCCGUGUGUGACUGGGCCCAUGCUGCAGGCCAUGCGCCCCUUCUCUAAUGGAGGCCCUAUGGAUACAGUUCAGCAUCUCGUUAUAACACCUAGGCUGGUGCGGCAUGGCAUUCAGGAAUGGCUAAGUGAGACAGAUGGAGCCUACAGCAUCACUGUUUCCACAGCUGCCUCCAAACCCAGCCCCUCUCCCUCUCUCUGGGACAGAGCCUAACAGUCUCCCUCCCACCAGCCGCUGUAAGCAUGCCUAGCCCCGCCCCUUUCCCUAGCCUGGGGGUGGGAGGGAGGAGUGAGGGAGGGAACAAUGCACUGAAUUCUAGCUUGUUUUUGCCUGUGCUCUCCUGACUCCCAGCACACAGACCUGGCUAGGCUAGGUCACAAGAUGUAGAACUAAAAAAGAAAACGAAACAGAGCCAGCUACAGACAGUGUCCUAACUCCACUGUCCAGGGACUUGAAGGGAAGGCUCUCACAGUCUUUAAGGCCCACAUAGUCCUGGUGUUCUCCUUCAGCUAAUGCUUUCCCCACCACCACCAUCGGUGGCUUUUCCUCACAUAGCUCAUCUGAAGGGAAGUCUGUGUCGCCUCUGUGAAUCUCUGAGCCCAUCCCGAUCUCCUGUCACUCUACUUUCUGUAGCAGUUGGCCCUCUUUUCUCUGGGCCUAGGAACUGGGCUCUGGUCAGACAAGACACCUGCAGUUCUUACCUGGAGGCCUCUGGCCCCGACUUCCUGCAGCUGUGAACCUACCUUAGCAAGCUUCCCUUCCUUCACUUCCUCUGCAGCCCCAAACUGCAGCUCAGUCACCCCGUGGGUGUGCGGGUGUGCGUCUGCACUUCCUGGUCGGG